AUGGCCUUCGGCGCCGCGAGCGGCGACGAGGGCUGGGAGAACGUGAAAGGGUGGACGAAGCGCGUCGCGCUUUUCUCGUACAGGUAUUUGCUGCUGCCGGUCAACUCGGUCACCGUCAGCUCGGUGCGCCACUGGUGGCUGGCCGUGGUGAAGCUCAGGGGGCCCUCUGGGCGCAUGGCGCCCUCGGUCGUGUGGCUCGAUUCCAACCAGGGCCCGGCGGACCUCUACGCGGUGGUGCUGCGGUACCCUGGGGGCUACCCGAGCUAUGCGAAUUACAGGCCCACCGAGGACCCGAAGGCUGACCAGGCGGUCGCCCAAAUGAGGUAUCAGCGGAAGAGGGGCGAGCGCGGCGAGCGCGACAGGGCCAGAUGUCCCAACACGGACGGCUACACCCAGGGCCGUCUGGGCCUGCGCGCGCUGGAGCGCCGUGGCGACGCGCCUGUGCGCGCGCCGCAUCGCCACGACCCUCUCGUCCGGCGGCAGCGGCACGUGCAGCGCGCUCGCGUCAGUGCCAGCGCGGGCGGCCCCAUGCGGCCCCCGCUCGCCAACGCCAGAGGCACGAGCUCGGGGUGCGGGUCGUGGGUCCGUUUUGUGUGCUCCAGCGCGAGGGCGAGCCCGCCGUUCCGCGAAAGCCGCGGCCCGGGCGACCGAGCUCCUGCCGCUGGGUGGCUGAGCGUGACGUUCGCAUGCCUGGUGCGGCCCCCCAGGCAGCGCGACGCUCAGGAUUGGCGGAUCUUCGUUUAUUCGUGGCGACCUAUAGUGGUUCUCGCCGUGGCGCUACCGAAUUUCUUUCUCCUGGCGUUCUUCAGCGACGUGGCCAUCGUUCCCGGCGCCGGCUCGUACGGUACAAAAUUGAUCGACGCUUUGGCUGAUGUCAGCAUCCCGAACGUUGGGCUACUUUUGGUCGCUGCAGCAUUCUUCCUUACUGCUGUCCUGUACGUCCUGGGAUGGGCUACCUGGUCCGACUCUUACUCGGCCAGCGAAUCCGAUGGUGACAGCGAAGUCGAGCAGGAUGGCCACGAGGAUGCUCACGAGCGUUCAAGGAGAAUCACCAGGAUGUCCAUGUCGCAGUUCGUCACGGGAUUCAUAGCUUGGACAUUUUUCGUAGUAGGGUGCAUCAUGCACGCGCUGAAGUGGCCUUUCUGGUCGCGGAUGAGCAUCGCGUGCUUGACUUUAGUACUGCUUUGGGUGAUGAACUCUUGGCGGCAAAGCCUCAGAGUUCGAGGGAAAUUUCAAAGUGUGGUGAGGGGGCAGGAUUUCAUGACAUGGUGUUUCGCGUGUCUCUUUGUAACGAGUGUCAUUCUGGCGGGAUUGUCUAUGGUCCACCUCCACCGCCACCCUGAUUACUUGAGUUGGGAAUCGUACCGGAAUGUGAACAUCGUCAAGAGUUGUGGCAAUGUUGACGAGCGCCACUGCUUAUACGACAAGGUGUUACAACAGUUAGCGAAGAAUAUUAAAAAGUUGCGCGGGAGAGAUUUGACCCUCAAGGACUGCAAACAACCAUCGGAGAGCGAGAUCGUGAUUGAGAAGCCCGAGGCAUUCAGUGAGGUAAAGACUGUUUGCCAGUUGAGCGAGACUGUAUUUUUUACAUUGUUCCUGACUCAAUUCAUCUACUUCGCAGCGUGUCUUGUCACGCUGGUGGCUUGGUGUUGCGAGUGCUAUUUUCGCCACUCUGUCUCUCAAAGCAAGUCUGUCCCCCAGAAUGUCGAGGGGGCUCCAAACCCGUACAGGAUCAAAAAGGUGUUGGUGAUGUUGAUGACGCUCUCGUUCUGCCUGGUUUUUUUCGUUGGUCUCUUCGCGGCCGUUUCGGGUGCAAACGUCAAUGUCCUCAACGGAAUGUUUUCCGUUGGUUUCGCUGUCUUUGCGUUGUCCUUGGCGUGGGCAGCGUGGAACGCCUCCAGGAUCUACGAGGUCUUGCACGCCAACAUGGAUCUUACCACCACCGAUGCAGAGAAGAGUCAGCAGUUCCAGUGGCUACAAUCUGGGGCCGACGAUCUCAAGGGCCUUCUGGACAACGAGUGGGUCCAGGCACUGAUGUUCAUGAGUGGCGUGGUCCCACUUUUCUACAUGUUAGAGAAGACUCGGUUGAGUGUCGCUCACAGGUGUAUGCAGGAUAAGAGGCGCGGCAGUCACACAUUCGACCGAGUAAGCAACCUUUUCAUGAGCAUGUUGGAGGGUUCUAGCAACGAGCAGUCGAGUCCAAGCGAUGUUUCCAGCACUGCCUCGCGCCAGGGGGACGCAGCAGGAGAUCCUCUUCGACCAUUGUUCUCGGACGGUUCUUCAGCCUCUUCGUGUCCGUCGGUUACUCAUUAUGCGAUGCCUCCCAUAAAUUUCAAGGGCUGGAAUGUCUGCAGCGUCCUCAUCAAAGUGUGUUUGCUCAGCGAGGUAUAUUUUAGCAUCCAAGUUGGCAGCAAGGCAACAUUCGUGUUCCUCUCUUACAUGAUAGAAGUCCUCGCCCCAAUGGAACUCGUCUUCAUUAUGGUGAUGAGCUGUGUAGUCGGGUUCGCCAUGUUCAUGUUGCCAGUCGUGCCCGGAAUGGCAGUUUAUUUGUUCAUCGGCAUAUUGAUACCCAAGGCGGUGGUCGAUCGCGAGGAGCCGGAGAAGCAACAUGAUUUCGCAGUGUUCGUGAGAGGGGUUGCCAUUGCUGUUUUCUUGGCGUUGAUCCUGAAGCUCGUCGCUUGCGUCGGCCAGUAUUUCAUCGGAUACUUCCUUGGCCAAGACAUUCACAUCCAGAAGGAAUUCAAUGUCGACCAGAAGCCUAUGCGGGCUGCUGCCAGCGUGCUGACUGGACGGUCAGAUCCUUGCCGCCCCAUCGGCAAGAUUAUCGUUCUCGUCGGAGGUCCAGAUUGGCCUGUGAGUGUAGUAUGCGGUAUCCUUAAGAUUGAUAUUUUGGAUAUGUUGCUCUAUACGAUCCCAGUUGCCGUCGUCCAACUGCCAUGCAUCAUGAGUGGCGCGUAUAUGAUCAAGGCGAAACCCAACGAGCAAACGGACGACAGCAUGUGGCGCAACGUGUGGUCCCUGAUCGCGGCCGCAGGGCAGGGCAUGUGCGCCCUAGGAGCAAUUUAUGUGGGGCAGCUGGCUUACACCCAGGACCCGAACCUGCUGAAAGAGCCAGAAGACCCGGACGAGCUCGAGACGUACAGGGCUGUGCAGGAGUUGCGGGAGAUGGAGAAGCAAGACCUGGCAAUUUGGGAGAAGACGUUGCGGGAUACAAGGCUUCUCAAGGGGGGUUGCCAGCCCGGCGCUGGGUGGGUCAUUUUUUUCGCCGCGUGCCUAAGCGUCGCCUCCAACGCCGUGCUAUUAGGCGACGGCCUCGCCUUCGAGAACUUCGAGCUGAGCAGCAAGAUCUCCGAUGACAUCGACGACUAUGGCCUGGGUGGCGAUCCGUUCAAUCUGGUGAAGCCCGUUGGCUGGAUAGUCUUGGGGGCCUUUGCGGUCAGUGUGACCAUGCACGUGCUGUUCGUCAAGGCGAAGGCCAGGGAGGCGGCGCGGGAGCGCCACGACAUCUGA